UUGGGUUUUAAUUAAUUUGAUACUUUUCAAACCUACAUACUUACGUAGGUAGGUAGGAUAACUACCUACAUAGUAAAGAUAUUCCUAUCUUUGUGCUAAUAAUGACAAUGAUAUUGAAAACAACGAAGCAACCAAAGUAAUUGUAUUAUAUCGAUACAAUUUUGAUAAGACAAUUGGAAUGAACAAAUCACGGUACUUAGGUUUAUUUGGUGAUUAUUUUUCGAUAACAAUAGACUGUGUGCCUGGCUGAUAUAAUUAAUUUAUAAACAGCUGUUUAGAACAAUUACAGCUGUAGUGAAAUUAGUUUCAAUAUAUAACUACCAACAACAAAGGCUGUUAAGUUUCAUCUCUGUAUCGGAAUGUUUGACGCUAAAUCUAGUCAUUUUCCGACGUUUCACACAAAGUGCUUCAAGAUGGUCUCUUGCUUUGAUUAGAUACUUUUUUUUUGGAUUAUAAAAUGCGUGUUUCUUUUGAUUGUUCACUAUGACUUCGGUGUGCAGUGAAUUUACAUGAUGUGCAGACUCAUUAAGUUAUUUAUCAUUGCGUUUUGUUUAUGGGUUGUUUGUGAUGCGCAGGCGGAGGGCUAUUUUAACCAGGAGAAAGUGGACUUGAGUGUGUGGCAUCAGCGCAACCCUCGAGUGGCGAUAAGGACCAACGACCAGCUGGCCUGCGAGAAACCUAGCAUAUAUUUUUGUGAGGAGCCGCCUAAUUUAAUCCCACCGCAGAGCACUAAAACAUGCAAUUAUCGCAACGUGUGGUACCAGGAACAAGUGUUCCGCUGGGUGGCCGGCAGGGGCUGCCUCCUGUACACCCCCGACUUUUUGUUCGUAGGUAGUAAAAACCCCAUCAAUUUGAACGCGGGAUGUGUGUAUGGAAAUCUGUUCGCACCAUGCUUGGAAGUCGUAAAGGACGAUGGCACAUGUGGUUGUUUCCCAUUCGACCCGAGUCUCGAGGUGGUGGCCAAAGCGGUGCGUCAAGCGUUGGUGCCGUCUAUACACGGACGAUGGGAGAGGUGCUUCUACGGUGCCAGUGAAUGCUGUAGUCACUUUAUGAAUGGAAAUCAUAACGUGUCAGAUACCAACCAAUGUCCACCAACAUAUGAUGGGUGGACCUGUUGGCAGCCGGCGCAAAACGGUUCCGUGGCCAGAUCAGUGUGCCCGGAAUUCGCUUACUCAAAUUCCGGCCCAGCUUGUCAUCAUUUCAGCCACAAGCAAUGCCACUCCCACGGAACAUGGGAACUUAGAACAGAUUACAGUACUUGUAGCAUCACCCCGCGUCUCCUGCGCCGGUAUCGCUACUACAUCGCUGUGCUUAUCUUCUCUGUAAUCAGCAGUUUCCCCGCUAUAUGCAUUUUCAUUUUCUACAAAAGGCUACGCGUCACCAGGGUCACCCUUCAUAGGAACCUUCUCAUUGCUAUUGUCUUUAGAAACAUCAUUGUUAUUAUCAGCAGAAACGUGAUUUACAUAGAUGAGCUAACUAACGCUGGAGAGACGAUAAUGUCACAAAAUGGUGUUGGAUGUCGAGUACUGUCCUUCAUAGAGCGUCUCUCAGGGAACGCAGUAUUCGUAUGCAUGUUGUUAGAGGGAAUCUAUCUACAUAGACUCAUUGUGGCGGUCUUCAAGCAGAAGCUUAGCACCAAGAUGCUGUACUCGGUUGGAAUAUUGUACGCAAUACUGCCCGUGAUCGCCUGGUCGGUAGUCAUGAGCCUCUUCAACAACCACUCAUGCUGGCUGGUGUACACGGUCGCCCACGUGGAAUGGGCUCUCGACGCGCCUCGUCUGCUCAUACUUCUGAUCAACGCCGUGCUUUAUAUCGACGUACUUCGAGUCCUAUUCACUAAAAUACGGAACAACGAAAACGCUAAUCAGUUGAGCACAGCGAAAGCCACGCUCUUCUUGAUGCCGAUUUUCGGAGUGCAGUUUCUCUUCACAGUGUUCCGGCCGUACAAUAACAACUGCGACGUCGAGCAGUUCUAUUACAUUGUCGCGUACACAAUCGAGGGCUUGCAGGGAUUCAUCGUCGCUUUACUCUACUGCUAUAUUAAUAAGGAGGUGCAUGCAUUAAUUAAAGCUACUUACAAGAAAGCAGAGAACACUGUUACCUCUCGCAUCAAAGGCUCUUCUUUCUACCCUCGGAUAAGUGGUGAUCCCAAAACAGGUAGAAGAUUCACUUACACAUCUGCUCUUACAACAAAUACAACUAAGGCGGAUGAAUUGAAAAACCAAUACUCAACUAUGGAGCCAAAAGUACACGUCGCAGAAAUAAUAUCAAUACAAGCAAGCGAAAGACUCGCUAAGAUCUUAGACCCGGUCUAUGAAACAAUUGACAAUGGUCUACAUGGAAGCUACGACUAUUUAGAAAGAUCAAAUGCCGAUCAUGAUACUGAAUUUAUACCUAACAGAAAUUUUAAAAUAGAUGAAUAUUAUGGUUUUACAAAUGCAUCGAGCGUUUCAAUAGGUUGGCCUGAACGGCUAAGACGUGUAUCGUCAUCUUCGACCGGUAUCUAUAACACUUCGUUAACAGCAUGCCAUGUGAUACAAGAAGAAAUUCCGGAUACAAACAGUCUAGAAACAAAAACUUCUUCAGGUCAAAGCGGAGAAGAUAACAAUAGUCUUCAGUCCAGCGAAUAUGAAAAUGCAAUAGAUAAUAUUCCUGAACAUAAUAACAUUGAUAGUGAAAAAGUAUUAGAUAAAAAUGAAUCCUACGCUGGUUUGGAAAUAGAUUGUGGAACUUGUGAGAAUAUGCUGGACGAAAUAAUGCAGUGCAUGGAAAACAAAGACAACAGCGAUGUUACGUUAAAUUCAGAUCUUCUGGCACCAAAUAGAUCGAAAGAAGAUAAAAUUGUAUUUGUGGAAUAAAAAUUAUUUAGCCAGGAUUGUAAUAUUACCCAAAGUGCAUUUAUAAUGUCAUUUACUAACCCUCGACCCAAAAAGAGGGGUGUUAUAAGUUUGACGUGUGUAUCUGUGU